AUGUCGUACUAUGAGCAGCAGCAGCUGAAAUCGACACUUUAUGCACUUAUGCAUGAGUGUCAUCACUCCCAAUCAAUUGAGUGGGAGAAGACUUCCGAACCUGAGAAGGACACUUGCAAGGGAAGUUCACUUAGGCCCGUGAAGGUUCUGUUCUAUCACGACUCUCAAAGUGAAGGUUACCAGAGCACAUGGCUCAAUGUAUCGAAGAUGAAUAACAUCAUAGUUAUUCUCUUCGUGGCAAUAGCAGUGGUUUGCGCUCAUGUCGGGCGCUUUGGUCCGGAAUUCCCAGGUCCUCAUGGACCUAGAGCCCCCGGUCCACGUGGACCUCCAGGACCUCCCUACCUUAGAUAUGUGAACCACUACGCACGAAGAGAAUAUCAGGAUAUAAUGAUGAACCGCAAGCUGACCUUUGCCGAGAAGAAAGCAAAAAUCGACGAGUGGGCUACAAAAUAUAAUGUAAAGAACAAUGUCGACGAAUUCAAUGCUGAGAUGACUAAGAAGAAGGAAGAAGCGGAACAGAAAGUUACCGAGCUUAUUGGAAAAUUGGCAGACGCGCAGAAAAAAGUUUCUGAACUUUUCAAAAAGAAAGAUCAGACUUUUGAGCAACUUUCUAAGGCUUUGAAAGAUCUCGUAAAGGAAGACCCUGAGGUAUACAAGGUCCUGAGAUUUGCUUUCCAUCAAUUCAUGAAAGUGCCAGGAGGACCAGGCGGACCAGGAGGACCAUGGGGACCAGUAGGCCCAGUCACGAUCAAAUAUGGCGAUCGCACAAAUUUCAAAUUUGCUGGUGUAGACUAG